AUGUUCAUCUACAAUGGCAAAUUCACCUGGUAUAGCUACGCAUUGAACGAGACGAUCACCUUCGUCUUCCCCGUCGGUUUCGCACUCAACGACCCCGUCAACGCUUAUUGGCAAUGGACAGUCGACGCCGAAGGCAACCAGAAAUACAAUACGCCCCGCUCUGGCAUCAUCAGCAGCGUCGUCAAGACCGCCGACGAGUAUCGCGUCCAUGUCUCCUUCGGGUACUACAGCUUCGACGUGACCCUCGCCGCCGACUUCAAAUCCAUCUCCCUCCUCAUGCGCAACCCGUCUAACGACCGCGCCGGCCCCUUCACCCUACCCGCUAUGCAUGCCGACGAAUCACGCAUCCCCUCCACCGUAGUCUACACCGGCAAGCUCAACUGGUACUCCUACGCGAAGAACGAGAUGAUUACCCUCGUUAUCCCCGACGGCGUUUCCGAGGGCGCGUUCUUCGGGCUCUACCACCAGUGGACCGUCGACGCUGAGGGGAAUCAGAAGGCGAACCACCCCGUCAAUGGUGUCUUCCAGAACGUCAGAGCCGACCUGAGCGGGCACGUCACCGCGACGUUUAAGGCGUCGUACUACACCUACGACUUCAGCUUCGACGGCAAGGAGGGCUCGCUCACGCUGUCGAACCCGAGAGGUGGCAAGUCUGAGGGCAAUAAGUUCGUGCAGACCGACUUCAGGUCGCUCGGCACGAAAAAGGCACUCAUCGUUCGCUACGGCACCGGUACCGACGACGGCAUCUUCUAUAUCGAGGAGAUGCUCACGAAACACCUCGGCUUUGCCACCGAUGAUGUCGAGCUGCUCUACUACGAUGUCGAGCCCAGUAACGGCGCGAAACAGUCCACCAAGGGACAGAAGGCACCCACCGUCAGUAACUUCAAGACAAAGUUCACCGACUUGGUCUCCGGGGCGAAGGCCGGGGACGUGCGCUUCGUAUAUAUCGAUGCACACGGCACCACGUACCCUGGCGAGAACGACCGCUUCAAACCGGCGGACGGAAAAGAUUACGGGUGGGUGCUUGCCGCAGCCGAGGAUGGAGUUCAGGAGGGGCUCGUUGAUGGCGACUGGUUCACCAGCACAAUUCGAUCUCAUCUGAAGUCAGAGGUCAACCUGACGAUUCUCGCCUCGUCCUCAGGUGGGGCGCAGUUGGGGACCUACACGAAGACUCCAGGCAUCCUGCUCUCCGGAUGUCACGAGACGCAGUUCAACAUCAAGGCUGUCAAGCGUCCUGAGGGAUUGCACGACCCGUGGGCGUUCGCUAUCGCUGCGGUCAUCAAGGACCGGGUCGCCAAGAAGCGCAGCGUUCCUGCCUACAGCGUGCUAUUCAACGAAGCGAAGAGGUACAUAAAGAAACAGUUCGACCAGGGUCUGCUCAACCCGUACUACAAGGGCUUCAGCCCUGACGAGUUGCAGCCGGUCCCUCCCGAGCUACUCUGGAACACCAGCCACCAGGACCCGCAGUUGGUGUUUGACAGCGGGUACGUCAACCCUGACGAAGAGCGCUUCCUCUUCCCGUUCGUGGCGCCGGGAGAGGCCAAAGUGAGCGGCCAGGUCACCAGAUACCCGCAGGAUGAGGUUUAG